AUGUCUUUCAAUGGGAAAGCACCUCUCAACUUGGUCCUAGGAGCCUCAAGCGUACAGAUUGGGGAUACUGCUAUUGAUUCAAUGGCACGUUUUAAUAGCCCUGAUGAGGUUAAUGGCUUUCUGAACGCCUUUGCUAAACGCGGGUACUUUCAACUCGACACCGCACGCCUUUACUCGCCCCAUGCGCCAGGAAGCUCCGAACCUCGGAUGGGAGCUGUCGGCGCUGGUGAUAGAUUCAUAAUUGACACAAAAGUCAUGUCGGGUAAACCGGGCCUUCAUUCAAAAGACAACAUUUUGAAAGAAAUCGAUAUCUCGCUUGAGGCAUUGAAGAUCAAGCAAAUCAACAUUGAGUAUUUGCACAUGCCGGACCGAGAAACGCCAUUCCGGGAGGCAUGUGAAGCCAUGAAUCAAGCACAUACGGAGGGGAAGAUCAAGCACUGGGGAAUUUCCAACUAUUCCGCCGAAGAAGUACAGACAUUUGUGGACAUCUGCAAUGAACACGGCUUCGUCAAGCCCAGCGUCUAUCAGGGACAAUACAACCCGAUCGUGCGAAGCAAUGAGAAGGAACUCUUUCCUCUCCUACGAAAGAAUGGCAUUGCAUUUUAUGCAUUUAGCCCCGCUGCUGCUGGCUUCUUUGCUGGCAACCACAAGAAUGUGCAGGCAGGUGGACGAUACGACAAAUCUAACCCCUCGGGUAUAGCAUACUCAAACUUCUACUUGAAACCAUCCAUUGCGGCCGCCACCGAAAAAGCCCUGGAAGUCGCGUCCAAGCACGGAAUUGGAGGCCAUGCUGCAGCCCUUCGGUGGACAUCGUAUCAUAGCGUCCUCAGCAAGACGCACGGGGACUCUGUCAUCAUUGGGGCAUCCAGCCCCGAACAGCUGGAAUCUAACAUCGAUAUGAUUGAGCAGGGCCCAUUACCAGAGGAUGUUGUGGCUGCUUUUGAAGCCGUAUACAAGGAGAUUGGUGAUGUAGUUCCGUACCACAUGUGA